AUGCGGCGUUGGGUGUCCCUCGGUGGUUGGUGCGGCCCCGGCCUUAUGCUUUCCAAGUUGGGCAUUCGCCCCGUGGAAGAACAGCUGCCGUUUGAUAUGGCACGGUGCAGCUUUGACGGUCUGCUGGAAUUCACCAGGAACGGCUUUGAUAACGGCUUUUUUCCAGGCCCUCUGCAGCGGCGGCCUUUCACUCCCGAUCCGGCUUCCGUAUGGCUUCUUUUUCGCGGCCAACAUGCUUGCAUCACACACUUUGAUAUCAAUGCAGAUGAGGUUGUACAGGAGUUUAAGAGGCGAUUCGAUGAAUGGGAGAAGAUGAUUACAUGCCCCACCCGUCCAGUCACAUUUUUGCGCACCUGCAUCGCCGAAAAUGCAAGGGACGAAGUGGAACUAGUGCCACAGUGGCACGCGUUACUCCGAGAGAAGAGUGCAGGAAAGCUGGAUUUUUGCACCGUGAUGGUCAUGCAUGAUCAGGGACCUACCACAGAGCGUGUGGCUUCGUUUGCUGAAGAAGAUGCCGCGGGGUCUCCUUGUGUGGUGUGGAACCUUGCAUUUGACAAACAACUUCCAGUUGAGGCAUCGCUGUUUGAUAAAUGUCACGACGGCUAUGCGCAGAUUAUUCGCGAGAUGAAUAGGAAUGAGGCCUGGUAUGUGAGCACCUCGCCACUACGCCUUGUGUCACCAAAGCCGUACAAAGCUCUUUCUCUAGUGGAGGGCGUUCCGGCGCUUCGUGGAUCAUGUACCGGGUUUGGAACGACACAUUCCGCGCUUUUGGGACGCUGCCUGUACUGCGGCUCCACCAAUGGACAUGAGGUGGUUCGUGAUGCCUUUGACAGCAAAAAACCUUGGGACAAUGCAGAGGACACAACGUUACUAGCAAAAUGGAUCACAAGCAACGGAGACAAGGUAGCCACUGUGGAGGCGACAGCAUUGGAACUUAAACGUGGCGCUAAUGAGGUGCUGCUUCGCUUGCGGCAGCUUAUUCAAAGUUAA